AUGAAGCUCCUCAAUAUGGCGUUCAUCUCCGUCCUCGCGGUCCUUGCUCAUGCCAGGUCUUGCGACGACAAAUUCGAUGACUGCAUGGAGUCUUGGAUCGAGCAGGAUUUCCCCGACAUUACCAAACUUCCCCAGGCGUACUAUGAUGAUUUCGAGGCCUGUCAGAACAAGUAUUACGAGGCUGAUGGACAUACUUGCAAAUCAGACAAUGGCGGCGAUGAUGGCGAUGGUGAUAAGUGUACUAAGGAACAGAAGGAGAAGGGCGAAUGUGAUGAUGAUUGUACGCCAGAACAGGAGGAGAGUGGCGAAUGUGGUAAUCAGAAGAAGAAGAAGAGGCAUUACAGACGCCAUGUGCAACAUAUGCGACGUGCGCUAUAG